UACUUGCAAGUAGCCUUUUCUCUUCUCUGACCCAGACGGGUGAACCGCCCCGCCGAGAUCCAGAGCGAUCCUCCAGCUGUUUGGAGGAUAGAAAGGAAAGCUGAUUUUUUUUUUUUUUCUGGAGCUCCCUUGGCAUAAUCUACAGCUUACGUUUUUCUGACAUCGUUUUGAAAGCUUAGUGGAGAGUUGAAGAGUGAAAUAAUUUAUUCCAGAGGGGUUUGUGGAUUUGGAAAUUUGGGAUUUUUUUCCUCCCCUGCUUAUAAUUGUUAAGGCAACCCAGCCCAAUCAUGGUGAUGUUCAAGAAGAUCAAAUCUUUUGAGGUGGUCUUUAACGACCCUGAAAAGGUGUACGGCAGUGGGGAGAAAGUGGCUGGCCGGGUGAUAGUGGAGGUGUGCGAAGUCACUCGAGUUAAAGCUGUCAGGAUCCUGGCAUGCGGAGUCGCCAAAGUCCUGUGGAUGCAGGGAUCCCAGCAGUGCAAGCAGACUUCUGAGUACCUGCGCUACGAAGACACCCUCCUCCUGGAAGACCAGCCAACAGGUGAGAAUGAGAUGGUGAUCAUGAGACCUGGAAACAAAUAUGAGUACAAGUUUGGCUUUGAGCUUCCUCAGGGGCCUUUGGGAACAUCCUUCAAAGGAAAAUAUGGGUGUGUAAACUACUGGGUGAAGGCUUUUCUUGAUCGCCCCAGCCAGCCAUCUCAAGAGACAAAGAAAAUCUUCGAAGUGAUGGAUUUAGUAGAUGUCAAUACUCCUGAUUUAAUGGCCCCUGUGUCUGCUAAAAAGGAGAAGAAAGUUUCCUGCAUGUUCAUUCCGGAUGGACAAGUGUCUGUCUCUGCCCGAAUUGACAGAAAAGGAUUCUGUGAAGGUGAUGAGAUUUCUAUUCAUGCUGACUUCGAGAAUACAUCUUCCCGAAUCGUGGUUCCCAAAGCUGCCAUAGUAGCCCGCCACACUUACCUUGCAAAUGGCCAAACCAAGGUGCUGACGCAGAAGUUGUCAUCAGUCAGAGGCAAUCAUAUCAUCUCAGGAACCUGUGCAUCAUGGCGUGGCAAGAGUCUUCGGGUGCAGAAGAUCAGGCCUUCUAUCCUGGGCUGCAACAUCCUUCGAGUUGAAUACUCCUUACUGAUCUAUGUUAGUGUCCCUGGCUCCAAGAAGGUCAUCCUUGAUCUGCCCCUGGUAAUUGGUAGCAGGUCAGGUCUGAGCAGCCGGACAUCCAGCAUGGCCAGUCGGACCAGCUCUGAAAUGAGUUGGGUAGAUCUCAACAUCCCUGAUACUCCAGAAGCUCCUCCUUGCUAUAUGGAUAUCAUUCCUGAAGAUCACCGAUUGGAGAGCCCCACCACUCCUCUGCUAGAUGACACAGAUGGUUCCCAAGACAGCCCUAUUUUUAUGUAUGCUCCCGAGUUCAAGUUCAUGCCACCACCUACUUAUACUGAGGUGGAUCCCUGCAUCCUCAACAACAAUGUGCAGUGAACAUGUGGAAGAAAAGAAGCAGCUGUACUUAACUUGUUUCUUUCACCUCUCUUCCUGGACUCUUAAUUUUUCAGAGACUCAAGAGUCUCUACAGUGGGGUAUGGGCCCACCCCAGCCUCUGAUUCCACAAUGUAGGAGGUGAUCAGGCAAUCUCCUGGGCCUUAAAUGGUGCGCACACGUCCUCAGGCAGUGAGAUGUUGUGAUAUGGGAGUGUUUGCUGGAUGGGUUUAAAAACACACUAGAAAAACUCGGGCUCAUCCCGUUUUCUCAGAUCUUAAAAACUGAGGCAUUUUAGUAGUUUUUGAAGAAGGGGCAGAAAUGGCCUCCUGACAUGGUCUUCCCCAGGUUUUUUGGAGAGGAUUAUGUAUCUUGAACUUUUGUGUUAUGUGGAGCAGAGCCAAUUUAGCAAACGAGGAAAACAAAAAGGAAAAUAUCAUGGCCAAAAGUUUGGGACAAGAAGGUUCUUAAAAUAGGUGUUGCCCUUUGUUUUUACACUUACAGAGAGAAAAAACAAAGCAUAAACCUUCCAGAGCUGAUUUGGUUUGAUAUUGGAGAGAACUUCCCAUGUGAAUUAAAGAGAAAAGGCUCUACGGUUGUCUUUGCUUAGAAUGUACUUCAAUCUGGCUUAAAGCAGUUGUAACUAUGCCCCACCAAAGGUCUUAAAAGCCAUUUUUAGAGCCUAUUGCACUGUGUUCUCCUGUUGGCAAAUGUUUUCAUGCAGGAGAAUGUGUUUUUCUUAUGUGACUCCUUGGAAUGGAUUCUGAGGUGAUAAUUCUUAGCACUUUAGUUCCUGUCAAAUUUUGGGUGUUUCUUUUUUUCCCCCUGAUCUCAAAUGUAAGCUAAAACUGGUCUACUAUGUUUCUAGGGGUAAGCACAGUGACAAAAAAUAUAUAUAUCAUGUUAUUCCUCACUUUUGAGACUUUGUCCCAGUGUACAGAAUUCUGUCAUUCUGACACUCUAAUAAUUCUGUGAGAAGGGUUGCUGCUAUCAGCCUUGGCCACUGUGACUUCUCCACACUUGAGAAGGAACUCUAGAUCGAGAUGCCCCUGAUACUGUGAUCAGAGCUUCCAGACAUUGCCAUGAGAAACAAGAGGGCAGGUCUUCACCAAAACCCCCAGAGCUCCCUUUCUGCCCAGUGUUAGGAGGCAGGGAUAUCAACAGUCCUCUCUCACUGCAGCCCCUGGCACUUGGUCAGUCACCCUUAGCCUUAGCACUUUGUUCACUGUCCUGUGUCAGAGCACUGAGCUCCAUCCUUUACUGAGAAAGUAUGUGGGCUGAAGGUGGUUUCAUUUUGUUUGUUUUUUUAACUGUUUAUCUUUUUGUAUGAUAAAAACUAUAUUUUGUACUUAACCAGAUAUAUUUUCACCCCAGUUGGGGGUAUUCUUUGUAAAAAAAAAAAUAAAAAUAAAAGUUUUUUAAUGACA